AAUAAAAUAAAGAAAGAAAUUUCAUAUUUAUUUUUUUGUUUAUUUAUUUAUUUUUUUCCAUCAUUGGUAAAUGUGAUUUUAACAAAUUUGCAAAAGUGAUUUGUAGUCAAAUUUUAUACCAGCGUUUUUUUUUCCCGAUUUAUGUUAAUUUUUAAGCAAUAAUUUGGGAUUUUACAUAUAAAACGAGAUUUUCAGAAAUAAAAUAAUUUUUAAUUUACAGUAAGAUUAUAAUUUUCUAUUUUAUGUUCGCUUUGCUCUGCUCCGCUUUGCUUGUUUUUCCGUUAUAAAGAAACACAGAAGCAUAAAAAAAUAAAAGUUCCCAACAAUUUUUAUUAAACUAAAUAACUAAUUCCUUUUUUUUUUUUUUUUUUUAAAAGUUAAUCAUUAAAAAUGAAACUCCAUAAGAUGAACAGUUUUAGUUUAUUAUCUGGAAAGAAACUCUCAAAUUUGAAUAAGAAAAAUGGGGGCGAAAAUGUUGACAAUUUAUCCAGCAAUGGGGAAAAGAUUAAUGCCAAUGGCAAUUUUUUAGGCCAUUUUUUUUCCAGACGUUCAGUUAUCGCCAUAGGUGCCAUUCUUUGUGUUAUAUUACAGAAUACCUGCACAUUUGAGAAUACGACGAAUUCGCAAUUGGGAUUAACUGCUAUAUUUCCUAGGAAUUUACUUGGAGAGGGCGAAUAUGUAGGUGAUAAAGAGACAAAGGCUACAUUAGCUACUUUAGAUAAGUUAAUGAAAGAUCCAGCUGUAACUUCUCGUGUUUUAUCAAAAGCAAAGAAGGACGAUACAAAGAAAGAUACUGUAAAUGGGAAAAAGGUUGACAUGGAAGAGUUGCGGGAAAGAUGCCAAGACAAUUUAAAGGAAUUACAAGAGGAUGAAAUAGACACAAUGCUGUGUUAUCUAACAAAACCAGGUUGCUUCUAUAAAGUAGAUGCUCUUGCUACCUGGUGGCAAGUUCGCAAAAGAGAUAAAAAAGAGUGGGAGAAUUUUUGUGUGCAAUUGUCAAGACUGUGCAAAGACACAGCAAAUAAAAAUAAUUACAGUGUAAAAUUAUCAGAUAAACUUUUGAAUGAGGCUCAAGAUGACUAUACGAAGAGAGCAAAAGCUACGGAAUCUAAUGCUAAUGAUAAGGUUUAUGGUCUUCUUAACAAUAAAGAAAAAUCGGCCGAAGAAUAUGUAACUAGUGUUAAUAGUUAUAAAGAGGAACAGCAAAAACUAAGAGAUCAAUGUUGGGAUGAAUGGGAGAAAAAAUUUAAUGAAGAAAUGACAGGAAAACCUUUUGUUAAAGUUGAAUCUACAAAACCAGAUGAAACUAAAAAGGGAGAGGCACCCAAAAAGGCAGCUGCACCUAAAAAGGGAGCGGCACCUAAAAAGGGAGCGGCACCCAAGAAGGCGGCGGCACCCAAAAAGCCAGCGGCACCCAAAAAGCCAGCGGCACCCAAAAAGCCAGCGGCACCCAAGAAGGCGGCAGCAGCAAAAAAAUAA